GCCAGUUAAAAUGCAACAUUUAAAACACACACACACACAGCUUGCUGCGAGUUUCGUAUCGUAGGCGGCAUUCCCUGUACGGAUUCCCCACGUCACAGUUCCUUUGGAAAGCUCCAGUUUAUAUGUCGGGGAAGCUAAAGGCAGACAUCAAAUCGCCACCUCUCCGAGCAAAGCCAGAACCGCCGGUGAGACAAGGGUCACGGAUAAGAUGGAUGCAAGGGGCGAAGACGCCGUAGCUAUGGUGGGGCCAGCGGCCGGUGUGAAGCUACAGGAUACUCGCUGGAGGCGCACUCGCCUGGCGCUCGCAUGUUGUGUGAGCUGCUGCUUCCUGCUCGCAGCGCUCAGCGCUUACUUACUGGUCAAACAGCUGCCUCCCCAGAAGCCUGGACCACAGAAAUCCGAAGUGAUUGGACAACCGUUGGACAUCGUUGAGAAGCCCAGGGCACACCUGACAGCCAAACUUACUUCGGUUGGUGGAAUCGAAGGGCAAUACUCCACUCUCCAGUGGGAAGAUAAAAAUGGACUUGCUUUCACAGAAGGCCAGCUAAGUUAUCAGAACCCAGCACUCAUCAUUCCGAGACAAGGAACCUACUUUGUCUACUCCCAGGUGUCAUUUAGAAGCAGCAGCAGGGUUAAAAACAUUACUCAUAUCAGUCACAUCAUUACCAAGUUAACCUCAAGUUACCCUGAACCCACACAUUUACUGAGUUCCACCAGAUCUCUCCAUGGAAAUCAAAAUCGUUGGCAAGUGACCAUUUAUUUAGGAGCUAUAUUCCAGCUACAAAAAGGAGACAGGUUAGUAGUAAAUGUCAGCAAUGUGAAUCAGGUGGAUUUUACCAAUGAUCAUAAAACUUACUUUGGCGCAUUUUUACUAUGAUCAAUAAAUCAAAUGGGCAGUGCCAUAUUCAUUGAUUAGGGAGGGUAGUUAUACCAAGAAUUGUAGGGCUACAUAUUAAUUCUUUCUUGAAGUUCUAUCUGUCUGAUUGAAUUAAUAUUUCUGGGUUCAAAUUUAUGCAGCAGGAAUCUUUAGUUUAUAAAUAGUGUUAUAUAAGCAUGAAGUCAACUUGUGAACUGUGAAGGGUGGAGGCUUCAUCGUUCAUGCCAGAUGACAGUUUGACUGUUGAACACUGAGAGACCAAGGAAUCCAACAAAGGAAUGCUGGAGGAGCAAAAAUAUGCAGUCUUAUUAACUUAACAGCCCGAGAAUGAAAGCCAGGACAAUGCAGCAAAGUUAACAAAAGUACUGAGAAGAGUGAAGCAAUCUAUCAAGUUGCCAAAUACUCUUUAGCUCAGUCAGAAUACUACAGAAGUCAAUGUGGCCCUUAUGGGAAGUUGACUCCCUCCUUUUAAAUCAUAUCACUGUUAGCAACUGGAAAGAACCCCCUAUGUUUAUGUUAAUAAAAGUGCUCAGAAUUCAUAUUCAGUAAAAAAAAGACACUAAAAUUACAACAUAAGAGCUAGAUAUUCAGUCAACAGAGUGAACAAAACAGUUACAAGUUCUGUUAUAUUAAUGUGUGCUUUUCUUCUUACAAGAAAACAUUUCUAGACCAGUUCAUAUUUUCAAUUUAAGUUCUCAAAUUUAUGAUGUGAACUUUGUUGCUAUGCAAUAUAAAAUUUUCAUAUGUAUUAUUUAUAUACUGUCAAAUGUUGCUACAACAUUAUAGUGAUAAAUAGCACUUAAAGAAUGCAAAGCUUACAGCUGAGUACAUCAUAUUAAGUAAGAAAUGUCUCUGAUAUUAUUAGUUUUAUAUGUUUGAGUUAAGAGAAAGACAUACGUACAAGGCUGAUUGAAUGUUCAACAGUCACUUAAUUUGCUGCAAAAGUUAUACAUCAUCUAUUCCUCAUUAUGAUGUACAUUUAAGCUACAGAUUGUGUACAUUAUGUUUUAUAUUAAAACCUUCGUUAUUUACUGACAUAUUUUACAUAUUGUAUGAUCAUGUCAAAUACUUAUCUGUAUUGUAGAAAUUCUUUGGAAUGACUACCUUUUUACUGUAUUGAAUCUCUAUCAAGAUUCCUGAUUUUUUAACUAGUUUGUAGGAUGUAUAUUCAUUCAAAUAGCACUAAUUUCAAAUAUAUAUUCUACUCAUAGUUCAAGGAAUUUACCCAGCAAUUAGUCAUGCUACACAAAUCAGGGAGAUCCCAGAUUUGACAAUCUAAUUCAGUUUCAACAGCUGUAAUGGCCCAGGUCAAUGGGGAGGGGGAGGGUGUGUGCGGAAGAAUGACUCCAAGCUCUUCUGAUGCUUUCAAGUAUUCUCAAUCAGGAAUGCAUAUGCUGUGAACAUUGGAUAAGACUAAGAUCCGGCAAAUUGCGCAGCUCCCACAGUUAAAUAACCUGCCAACACACUGAUGUGAACAAUAGUAGCUGGGAAUGGGGGUUGACUCCAAUAGUCUGUGGUCUAAUAAGGAGUGAUUCCUGUAACAGGAAGUGAGACAAUGUGAGAAAAAAAAGUUUUUACCUUUCAUUUAAUACCAUAUUUUAUUUCUGAUUGUUAAUUAUAGUGAUUUAAUAUCUAAUUAAGAAAAUUAACUUUGCAUUGAAUAAAGACUGAAAUCAAUGAUAAUUUUGUUUUUUUUGGG